AUGCCAAUGACAACGAGAUCGGCAGCGAGAUUAAACAGUGAGGAAACCAACGAAGACGACAUGGAUGACCGCGGAGGAGAAGAAAAUACACGUAGCACGGGCAGUGAUGAGAAUUUUGUUGAGUUAUUUUCGAUGAUGAAGCAGCAAACUGAGCUUAUAAUGGAGCACAAAGUGGCCCAAACAAAGCAAAUGAACGAAAUACAGCGUUUGAUUGGUGAUAUUGACGGGAAAAUGGAAGGAAUUAGCAAGCGACAAGACCGGCUAGAAAGGAGACUAGACAGAGUCGAGACAGACCUUGCGUACGUGAGUGGUGAAGUCGAAAAGUCUGGUGAAAGUCAACGAAACACUAUGGCUGUGAAUGUUGAAUGUUUCGAAGCAAGGCUUGACGUAGUGGAGAAUCGCGUAGACAGAUGCGGCGAGGGCAUAGACACAAUCCAAAAGGAACUCGUGCCGAAGUUAAAAGAAAGCGUUCUCGAAGAACGUUUAGCCGAAAUUAACUUGAAAGAAACGAGGAAACAAAAUUCAGAAAUGCUAAAUCGGGAUGUGAAAAAUUCUCCGCAAGGUAUCGAGAACAUUCGUGCCAACAAAAUUGCGACUCCCGUUUUUCCAUCACCCAGAAGGCGAUAUACCCCACCCACGUUAAAACCCGAGGAUAGUGGUUGUGUUACCUCGACGAAUGUUCGCGUCAGAGAUGCUGAGGCACCCAACAAGCUUUUACAGAAACCAACGACCUUCGAUGGCACAACAUUAUGGGAAUCCUACUACGCGCAAUUUGAGAUAGUGGCGCAAUUAAACAAGUGGAAUGAUUUUCAAAAAGCAGCCUAUCUUGCUACAAGUUUGAAGGGACCUGCUUUGGCGGUGCUGGGUAACUUGGCUCCGGAAGAACGUCAGAAUCUCAAUGUUUUAGUAGUGGCGUUGAAGAAUCGAUUUGGAACAAGUCACCAAACGGAACUAUCACGAAUGAAAUUCAAAAACCGCAUCAAGCAGAAAGAUGAGUCAUUGCCUGAAAUGGCCGAGGAUAUCGAACGGUUAUGUCGACUCGCUUAUCCAGACGCCCCUCCUACGCUACGUGAUGUACUCGCGCGGGACCAGUUUGUUGAUGCGUUGACUGAUGAAGAUACCCGAUUGCGUAUUAAGCAAGAAAGACCCAAGUCACUGCGAAAAGCCUUGGAAGCUGGUCUUGAGUUGGAGUCGUUUCAGAUAGCUGCUCGACAGCGUCUCAAAGUGUCACGAGAAACAGAGUUACUUCGUGCAGCUAGACCAAGUGGUACAGAGCAGAAGGAGCAAAGAAAGUACAACCAACUCGAGGAGGGAAAGUUGGAGAUGACGAAGAUACUCGAACGUCUGGAAAGGUCGAUGAAGCUUUGUCUUGACGGUGUUUUGGCAGCGGUAAAGGUACAACGAAGGUCGCCGAAAGAGCCUGGUUGCUGGAAUUGUGGUGAUUUAAAUCAUAUUAGAAGAAACUGUCCAAAAUCACGCAAUGAUGACGAAGAAUCGGAUGAUCAGGGAAACGGGAAGUAG